AUGCUACAGAUUGGCAAGAAUUUGUUGAUUUUGUUAUUCACUUUGUGUCCUUCAGAAGCAACUCAAUACCAGUGUGGUCCUUCAGAUAGUCCAUUUUAUCGGCUUUUAUCACAAUUAUUCACUUUGCCUUGUGAGCAAAGUCAAAUAAAUUCCUGCUGUGCUAAUCACGACCAGUGCUAUGAUGAUUGCGAUGCUACGCGACUUACUUGCGAUGCGCUUUUUUGUGAUUGCUUAGACAAAAUAAGUGCAAAUAUUUAUUGUAGGUUUGUGCUUGAUUGA